ACGAUCAGUGUGCGUAUAGAUCUGCUAGCGCAAAGAUCGGUUUCGUUGCUGUCUAGCUUUUUGCGCGUGACACGGGAGUAGUUAAGAUUCGAAUCCAAACAAUGUUCCCACAUUCGUACACGUGCAGUAGGGAUCAUGCUACUACGUGUGUAUCAGAAUAACUUUAAUGGUAAUUCAACACGACGACUGAAAACAAAUCGGAUUCGUAAUUAGCAGGCAGAUCACCGCAAUACGAUACUUUGUGCGCGGUAUGCGAUUAGUGCACGACUAUAUCUGUCGGUAGUGAUUGUGGUUGAGUGUGUCAGUGUUAAUAAGAUAAACAGAACAAGUAAUAUAUCAUUAGAAGCAUCGAUUACAAGACGGGGUUACAUUCCGCAAGUUGUCUUCCUCACGUGUUUGAUUACAAUGUGACAUCAGUUUUGUUAUCAAUUCAAUCAAGUAAUCAUCUACGAUUCCCGUUCAUUGAGAAAUCACAUUGAUUUGUACGACAUGGAAUCAAAUAUCUUUACCUGCACGUCAUGCCGCCCUUUGGCAUUUGUGGCCUACCUAAUAGUGCUGCUAAGUCCAAGCCGAGCCCAGUACCUGCAAUCGCCUUGUCCCGACAUAUUCACCUACCAGGCGGAUCCUGGAACUAAUCAAGUCUUCGGAUAUAUCGAGAUCAGCAAUCUACAAAUUGGACAAGUAGCGAAACUCAACGUUGAUCUAUCCAUAGCGACACGCCUACCACCAAAUAACGUUGGAUCCAUCGCACUAAUCAAAUCACGUGAAGCCACCUUCAACGAUAUUGUAGGCGGUUUACCAGCCCAGUAUCGGGUCAACUUUCCCCUGCAGAACAUCUUACCGACGGUACUGUCCAUCGCUCUGAAUGGUCAAACCAUCUGCACUGGUUCUCGCGCCCAGGGACGUGUCAUAACAACCAUCAAUUUAGAGCACACCUUGUAUACGCAGAUACAAACUCAAGGUUUGGGAAACAACAAUGGUUUCUAGUACCAACAGCCCACCGUAAACAACCGGCCAGUGUACCAGCAACGACCACAAACGCAGUACGAACCACAACGACGUCCACAAACGCAACUUCAACCCCAGCAACGUCCACAAACGCAAUUCCAACCCCAAUCGGAACCAGAACCACAAUGGUACGUGGAGCCACAAACUACUCGCCCGACAAUGAUUCAGCAAAGGCCAGUAUCGCGUCCCGUAGUACAGUCGGAGCGAACCACAGUCGCACCACCAAUUUCAUCCUCAUCCGACUACGUAUGUGGCAAAGCACAAAACUCCUUAAAUCGCCUCUCAAUAAACGGUGAACGUGUAAGCAAAGGUCAAUUCCCAUGGAUUGUACCACUGUUCGACAGCACCCAACCCCGUAGUCCAAAGUACUUCUGCGGGAGCACCAUUAUUUCCAAAAGAUAUCUAAUCACCGCAGCUCAUUGCGUAUAUGCAUUGAACGAAGUCAGACCUGCAGCGCAGAUCCUGGCCGUACCGGGGAUGUACAACAUCGACAAUUUCUUAGACGAGAAUGCGAAAAUAGCCUACAUUGAAGAUGUAAUUCCGCAUGAUGACUACAUCGACGAUGACGAUGAUCUGAAAGAUGCGGAUGUAGCGGUUCUAAAACUGAAGCGAGAGCUCGUAUUUUCCGCCUACAUUAUUCCGGUCUGCCCGUGGCAGAGCGAUAACGACCUGUCGAAAAUCAUUGGCCAGGAAGGUGUUGUAGCCGGAUGGGGUUUAACCGAAACUGGAACUACCUCUGUACCUACGUACAUCAAGACUACGAUUGUUACUCGACAGCAGUGCGUUUCAAAUCUAUCCCGAACGUAUCCGAGCAAUUGGCGGAUAUUUUGCGGCGAUGGACGAGGAUCAGCGCCCUGCAAGGGAGACUCUGGCAGUGGGUUGGUUAUGAAAAGAGGAAACCAGUUCUAUCUUCGGGGCAUCGUUUCCGUCGGUCAGUUCGACAACAACUCCGGACGAUGCAAUGUGACGGUGUUCACGGUUUACACCGAUAUUGCACCAUUCCGGUUUUGGCUGAAAAGCGUGACUAGCUAGUAGAACGUUGACUGCGCACACUGGCGGUGCCUUCCAGAUAAAGACUAAUCGCAUUUUCUAUGGAGCUACAAGUGAAGUAAUAAGAUAUUCUAGCAGCUCAAUGUAAAUAUUCGUGUCAUUAGACUGUUUUUAAGUUAUAUAUUUUUAGAUUUGUGAAACUUCUUGUUUGCAAAUAUAUUAAGUUAUGUAAAAAUUUAA